AUGGACCGUGAAUUUAUUGCUGAGAGACAGAAAGGGCUCCAAAAUUAUCUAAACGUUAUCACCUCCAAUCAUAUAUUGAGUAAUUGUGAAAUUGUAAAAAAGUUCCUCGACCCAAAAUAAUUAUUCUGCAAAUUACACAGAAAUUGCUUUGCAGCAGGUGUCCAUGUUCUUCCGAUCAGAGCCCAAAUACGAAGUGAUGGAGCCCCUUAAAGACAUAGGCUGGAGAUUACGAAAAAGGUAUUUCCUAAUGAGAUGUAAAAAUCAGCCUAAAGAGCAUCUUGUGUUAAGCUGGGCUGAUCUGGGUCCUGACAAAUAUCUACAAGAUAAAGAUUUUCAGUGCGCGAUAAAACUCCUGCCAUCGUGGUCUCAUCCGUAUAUAUACCGUGUGACGUUUGCCACUGCAAAUGAGUCAUCUGCACUUGUGAUUAGACCGUUCAAUGAAAAAAGGACUCUGAAGGAUCUGAUCUAUAAGGCCAAACCAAAAGAUCCCUUUCUGAAGAAAUAUUGUAAUCCAAGGAAAAUUCAGGGCCUUGAGCUUCAGCAAAUCAAAACCUUCGGGCGACAGAUACUAGAGGUACUAAAGUUCUUACAUGACCGGGGUUUCCCAUAUGGUCAUCUCCAUGCCUCCAAUGUAAUGCUGGAAGGAGAGACGUGUCGACUGAUGGACCUGGAGAAUUCUCUUCUUGGACUACCAUCAUUUUACAGAUCGUACUUCUCACAGUUCAGAAAAAUCAAUACAAUAGAAAGUAUUGAUGUGCACUGCUUCGGUCACUUACUGUAUGAGAUGACAUAUGGAAGACCCCCUGAUUCCAUACCCGUUGACCAGUUUCCACCUGCACCGUCCAUGUCAGUGGUGUCUGUUCUGGAGUCCGUCUUGUCCUGUGAGGCCUGUAAAUCUGGCAUGCCUUCCGUGUCCCAGCUCCUUCAGAUGCCGUUAUUCAGUGAUGUGACACUGAUGAAUACUGAGAAACCUCAAUUUAAGAUUCCUACCAAGUUAAAAGAAGCCCUCAAAACAGCCAAAGAAUGUAUGGAGAAGAGACUUGUAGAAGAGCAAAAACUGAUCUACCAGCACAGACGACUGACUCGAGCACAGUCACAUCAUGGGUCAGAGGAGGAAAAGAAAAAGAGGAAAAUUUUGGCAAGAAAAAAGUCAAAACGCACAAACUGCGAUUCUGGAGAGGAGCAGUCAAUGAAAUGCAACAACUCAAACAAUUCAGUAGGCUCUGGAACGAGUUCUCCUCUCACGUCACCAUCAUCUCCUACACCGCCUUCUACAGCAGGCCACAAUCCGAUCUUGCCCCCCCCCCCCCCCCCCCCGCCGCCACCGCCACCACCACCUGCGCCUCUCCCUCCUCCAAGCAAGGAUGUGCCAACGCAGUCGGUCACCCCCACAGUGAAUGGUACAGACCGCGGAGCCUUACUUAAUUCCAUUAAAAGCUUCAAGAAAGGAGAGCUGAAAAAGGCUGUGACCAGUGACCACAGCGCCCCACGGAUCAGCUGA